UUUUAUACUUUUAUUAUGGUUUUAUGACUCAGAAUCAUCAUAUUCGUCGUCUCGUCGUGACGUGCGUCAUAUUUCGUGCAAAGUGGUCCCCGGUCAAGAUUUUCUUGAAGACGACGACAGCACUGGAAAUCAAGCACUGAAUCACCAUAUAGCGUGCAAAUUCGACUUUCAACAAUCGCAUCCUCCACCAAGCCUCCCUCGGAACAGAGAGAGAUAAUCCCAGCGACCGAUGGCCACCGACUUUAGUUGCAUACCCAUUAUUGAUAUUAGCUCCCUUUUAGCCAAGUCCGAUGACCCAAAAAUGGCUGAGGACCCUGCAGUCUCGGAGGUUGUUCGACAAUUGGAUCAGGCUUGUAGAGAGGCUGGGUUCUUCUACGUGAAAGGCCAUGGUAUUCCUGCUACUCUUCUCAAAGAGGUUAAAGAUGUAACUCGCAGAUUUUUUCAACUUCCAUUUGAAGAAAAGAUGAAGAUUAAAAUGACCGCGGCUACUGGUUACAGAGGAUAUCAGAGGAUCGGAGAAAACAUAACUAAAGGUGUACCUGACAUGCAUGAAGCUAUAGAUUGUUAUAGGGAAGUGACGGAGGGCAUGUACGGAAAGCUUGGUGAAUCCAUGAAAGGAUGCAACCAGUGGCCACAAAGUCCUCCAAACUUCCAAGUUCUAAUGGAGGAGUAUAUUAGUCUCUGCACAGAGCUCGCAAGAAAAAUUAUGAGGGGAAUUGCUUUAGCAUUAGGUGGGUCACCAGAUGAAUUUGAAGGUCAAAGAGCCGGGGAUCCAUUUUGGGUUAUGAGACUUAUUGGUUACCCAGGUGUGUCUCCCGCAAAUGGAAAAGCUGAUCUCGAAAAUGACAUUGGAUGUGGAGCUCACACUGAUUAUGGUUUAUUAACAUUGCUUAAUCAGGAUGACGAUAUAAACGCACUUCAGGUGAAGAACUUGUCCGGGGAAUGGAUAUCAGCACCUUCGGUUCCUGGAUCAUUUGUGUGCAACAUCGGUGACAUGCUAAAGAUAUACUCCAAUGGUUUGUACGAGUCAACUCUGCAUCGGGUGAUAAACAACUCGGAAAGAUACAGAGUCAGCGUAGUAUAUUUUUACGAGACAAACUUCAAUACGGCAGUGGAGCCUUUGGAUACAUUUAAAACGAGGGCGAAUGGUCCCAACAAGUUCAGAAGAGCCGUGUAUGGCGAGCAUCUAGUUAGCAAGGUCACCACCAACUUCGUUGAUAUCUAGAUCUAGUUAUUGAACAGUUUAUUCACAACUACUGCAAACCUUGGAAAUGGCUCGUGUUCCUUAUCCAUGAACUUCGUUCUCAACAUUCACGCUCGCGUACUAGCAAUUAGUAGUUUGCAAUAGUUAGCCAACCCAAACAACAAAUGAAAUUGUAAAGACGAAUAAACCAGAUUGCUCGGGCAUCUCUGCAUGCCGAAGAUUCAGCCCAACAUUUUCAUAUCCAUCUAAUAUGGCGUUGUUUGAAUACAUAAAAUUAAGUAGUUUUCUCCUGUCAUUAUAUCUAUAA